ACAGCCGUACCAGCAACCAUGAAGAAGUGUUUCUCUCUGUCCAAAGUCUCUUUCUGGGUUCUCUUUGGUCUCUGUUUUCAGAGCGUGUCAUCACAAAAUCUAUCUGAGAGUGACCUAAAGCAAGCUAGCUUCCCACCAAGAGGUUGGAAUUCUUAUGAUUCCUUUUGCUGGACAAUUUCUGAAGAAGAAUUCUUACAGAAUGCUGAACUAGUUUCUCAGCGUCUCAAAGCUCAUGGAUAUGAGUUUGUUGUGGUGGAUUACCUAUGGUAUAGGAAGAAAGUCAAGGGUGCAUAUCCUGAUUCUCUUGGAUUCGAUGUGAUUGAUGAAUGGGGAAGGAUGAUCCCUGACCCAGGAAGGUGGCCUUCUUCCGAAGGUGGGAAGGGGUUCAGUGAAGUAGCUAAUAAAGUGCAUAGCUUGGGUUUGAAGUUUGGGAUUCAUGUUAUGAGAGGUAUAAGCACACAAGCAGUCAAUGCAAACACCCCUAUCCUAGAUACAACAAAGGGUAAUGCUUAUCAAGAAUCUGGUCGAGUGUGGCAUGCAAAAGACAUAGCAAUGCCAGAAAGGGCUUGUGCAUGGAUGCCUCAUGGUUUCAUGAGCGUAAAUACGAAGUUGGGAGCUGGGAAAGCCUUUUUGAGAUCCCUUUAUGAGCAGUAUGCUGCGUGGGGUGUUGAUUUUGUGAAACAUGAUUGUGUUUUUGGCGAUGACUUGGAUUUAAAUGAAAUAACCUAUGUAUCAGAGAUUCUCAGCAACCUAAAUCGCCCCAUUGUGUAUUCUCUGUCUCCUGGAACCAGUGUGACACCAGCCAUGGCCAAGGAUGUCAGUGGACUAGUCAACAUGUAUCGUAUAACAGGAGAUGACUGGGACAUUUGGGCUGAUGUCAAGGCUCAUUUUGAUGUAACAAGGGAUUUUGCUACAGCUAAUAUGAUAGGAGGAAAAGGUUUAAGGGGGAAUUCCUGGCCUGAUUUGGACAUGCUACCAUUUGGAUGGCUAACUGAUCAAGGUUCAAAUGAAGGUCCACACAGGGAUACUAAACUCAGUCUAGAAGAGAAAAGGACACAGAUAACUUUGUGGUCAUUGGCAAAGUCUCCCCUUAUGUAUGGUGGGGAUGUGCGGAAGAUUGAUCCUACCACAUAUGAACUUAUCACGAAUCCAACUCUGCUAGAGAUUAAUUACUUCAGCUCAAAUAAUAUGGAGUUUCCUUAUGUCACAAGCUCAAAGAACUUGGAACGUGAUCAUCACCAUCCUGGAGGAAAAAUGAGAAGAUCUAAGAAAGGAAAGAAAACAUCAUAUACUCAUUCAUUAGGUCUCACUGGCUGCACUGAAUCAAAGGCAAGUGGUUGGUCUAUUGAAAGUGUAAACCAAGAUCUUGAAAGAAUCUGUUGGAAAAGGAGUUUAAAAAACAUGCAUCAGGCCCCUUUCUGUGUACACAAGAGAGAACUCCUGUUCAGAUUAGAUGGGGAUAAUAUGUAUCAAGAGGACUACCGAGGGAAACAUCAUUUAGUUGAAACCAACACAAUGAAAUUUUGCUUGGAUGCUUCUCCAAAACGAAAGGUUACUUCUAAAGAGUUCAAGAGAGGUACAUUUUCUCCUUGCAGAUGGGAUUCAAAUCAGAUGUGGGAGCUGAACUCCAAUGGGACCCUUGUAAAUAGUUACUCCGGCCUUUGUGCAACAGUAGAGUAUGCCAAAGCUGAUAUUAAUUCUGGUGGGAUUCGCUCUUGGAUUGCAACGGGAAGAAAAGGAAAACUCUAUGUUGCUUUCUUCAAUCUAAGUGAACAGAAGACGAUGAUAUCUACAAAGACAUCAUAUCUGGGUAAGAUUCUUCCUGGCGGACGCUUCAGUUCAUGUAAGGGCAAGGAAGUGUGGAGUGGAAAGGACAUAACAACGCAGGAGACAUUAACAAUGGAAGUGGAAAUUCAUGGAUGUGCACUGUUUGUUCUUCAUUGCUAUUAAUCUGGCUUCCAAUUUUUUUAAUGAAGAAAAAAGUAGCAUUUCAUUGCCGAGCCUUUAUUUUUUCUAUUUAAUCACGUGACUGUUGGACAUGAUGGUUACUUUGAAAUAACACAUUUGUUAAAUAAAAUCAUGGCCUAAUAAUAGUAUGUACCUUUCGAGAGGUGU